UCAUGCAUAGGUUGUGUCAUCUGUGAGAUUAAAGGCAGGAACCUGCUCCCACCUUACUACUUCAGGUUAGCUGUACAGUGCAGCGUGUAACCUUUGCUUCUGGUAGCUGCUGCUUCAGCUUCAUCACUCUUGGGUUCAUUUCUUCUAAGCCGGCAGUACAAAAGAUUCACUGCCUUGUAGAAAACGGAUAUAUGCAAAACUGGUGUGACUUCAAUAAACACUUGCUAAGGGCUGUUCUAUCCAUCUGGCAAGGCCAUGUUCAUCUUUAGUUGGUAACGCUCGGGGGGAAUUUCACCUUGGCGACCUGUACCUUAACCAUUAAUUUUGUUGGUAAUCCAGAGAAGUGAAAAACUCGUAUAGGCUGUCAAAGAUAUGGGAGCCUCAAAAGGAAGUAUAUUAACUGCAGUGCUUAUUGUAGCUGCAAUUAUCUCUGCAACUAUUGCCUUGAUUUUGAGUCUGAUUACAAGUGGAACCAUUAGUUUAAAACCACGUAUCAAGUAUGGGAUGGUGUUUGAUGCUGGAUCCUCACAUACAAGUCUGUUCAUUUACCAGUGGCCUGCUGAUAAAGAAAAUGACACCGGAAUUGUCAGCCAGACGGACAUCUGUAGUGUGGAUGGUCCUGGUAUUUCUGGUUAUGCCAGCAACCCCCCACAAGCUGGACAGUCACUUGUAAAAUGCCUAGACAAGGCCAUGAGUGUAAUUCCUGCUGAGAACCAAAAGGAGACACCUAUCUACCUAGGGGCUACUGCUGGUAUGAGAUUGCUGAGAAUACAGAAUUCAACACAAGCUGACCAGGUCCUUGCUGAAGUUGUCAAAACAAUAACUCAGUACCCAGUGAGUUUUCGUGGAGCUCGGAUCAUCACAGGUGAAGAAGAGGGUUCAUAUGGCUGGAUUACGAUAAACUACCUGUUACAGUCUUUUGCACAGUAUUCCUUUGAAGGAAAGUGGAUGCAUCCACAGUUUCCAUAUACUUAUGGAGCACUGGAUCUUGGAGGAGCCUCUACUCAAAUCACUUUUGCACCCAAUGUCCCCAUAGCUGACGACAGCAUGCAGUAUAAGUUCCGAAUGUAUAGUUAUGACUACACAGUGUACACACACAGUUACCUUUGUUAUGGACGUGAUCAAGGUUUAAAGAGGAUUCAAGCUCAACUAAUCAAGGAAAACGCUCCAAAUGUCACAGUGACACACCCCUGCUAUCCUAAAGGAUACCAGACAGUUGUCACAGUUGGGUCUGUCUAUAACACUCCGUGCCUCGAGGUGCCUAAUUCACUUAAUCUUCUUACAAACAUCACAAUCAGUGGGACAGGAAAUGCAGACCAAUGCAGAGAAACUGUGAGAAGGGUCUUCAAUUUUUCAGCAUGUGCAGAAAAAAAAGAAUGUGCCUUUGAUGGAGUCUAUCAGCCACCAGUAUCAGGAAGAUUCUUUGCUUUCUCUGCCUUCUACUACACCUUCAGUUUUUUUAACUUGACAACAGGACAGACACUAGCCACUGUAAAUGCAACUAUACAAAACCACUGCUCUCAGAACUGGUCAGAUCUAAAAAGCAGUUAUCCAAACGAAGCGGCAGACAGACUGCGUGACUACUGCUCUGUAGCAAACUUUAUUCUCACAAUGCUUUUGGACGCAUACAAAUUUAAUGCAGAUAACUGGUACACUCUCACAUUCCAGCAAAAGGCUGGCAACACUGACAUUGGAUGGACUUUGGGGUACAUGCUUAAUCUCACCAACAUGAUCCCAGCAGAGGGACCACCAACCAUACUUGGACACCAAUAUAGUAUCUGGGCCGCAGCCAUUUUUUUCAUUGUCUUUACCAUUGCCCUAUGUAUCGUUCUCUUACUUGUACAUAUAUUUACCUAAGCAACCUGGCUGCCUUAGAAAGGAGUAUAUAAUCUAUCUGGGUUUUCUAGGCAUGUAAACACAUCAUUUCAAAUGGAACAUUUCUUUCUUGACAUUGCAAGUAAAAACACGUCAUUGUGGUCUCUUUCUCAUGCCAAACACCCACUAUUAACUUUUGAAAAUCAUGAGCAAAUGAGAAGAUACCGGAAAACAUCUAUGAGCUUUAGAAUAUGGAAGCAAAAGUACCUCUUAACUUUCUUAAACUACUUUUUGCAUGCUAAUAUUGUGAGCUCCCAUUCCAAAAUGGACAUUUGUAUGACAGCUUCACAAUUUGCCAUUGACUGUUUUCAGCUUAUGAACAAUUAAAUACCUACAAACUACACUGUCUGAAUAUUGACUUAUUGCAGAGACAGAGAGAUAACGUUUGGAAUAUAAUAUAUAUAAUAAACAGAGAUGUGACAAUCUUU